AUGGAUUCCAAAAAAGCAUUCAUCAUCCUUGGCCUUUUGGCCAUGGUUCUUCUUAUUUCAUCUGAGGUGUCAGCUAGGGACUUAACUGAGACUUCCACUAAUACCAAAGAGAAGGCUGUUGAAAAGUCAAAUGAAGUAAACGAUGCUAAAUAUUAUGGUGGAGGUUAUGGUGGUUAUGGAGGUUAUGGUGGAGGCUAUGGUGGCUACCGUGGAGGCUAUGGUGGUUACAAUGGUGGUUAUGGUGGUUACCGAGGAGGCUAUGGUGGUUACAAUGGUGGCUACGGUGGUUACCGUGGAGGCUAUGGUGGUUACAAUGGUGGCUACGGUGGUUACCGUGGUGGAUAUGGUGGUGGAGGAGGUUACGGUUAUGGCGGUGGAGGUGGAUAUAACAGUGAUGUUUCCGACAACGGUAACUGA